AUGACGUCCUCACAAGAGGACUUGGACCCUCGCCAGGCCUCCGACGCGUCUCCCCUCCUCCAUGACCAAGCUCACCACCACGAUGAGCCAGACUCGCACAAUGGCGACCUUCUCACCACCGCGGAAACACGCAACCUCGCACGCGGUCUCUCCCAGCGUCACCUCUCCAUGCUCGGCAUUGCCGGCGCCAUUGGCACGGGUCUCUUCCUCGGUCUCGGUGGGGCAGUCCAGUCCGGCGGUCCUCUCGGCGCGCUCCUCGGAUACGCGACCAUCGGCCUCGUCGUCUGCGCCGUGCAGUUCGCCCUCGGCGAGACGGCGGCUCUCCUGCCCGUCACGGGUAGCUUCGUCCGGCACGCCGAGUUUCUCGUCGACCCGGCGCUGGGCGUCGCGCUGGGCUGGAAUCUCGUCUAUGGCAACUGCCUGUCCAUCCCGAGCGAGAUCACGGCCAUCUGCGUGCUGUUCCAGUUCUGGACGGAUGCCAACCCCGCCAUCUUCAUCGUCCUCUUCAUUGCGCUCACCGUGGUCGUCGGCUUUGCGCGCAUCAGGGUCUUUGGCGAGGUCGAGUACGUCUUUGCCUGGAUGAAGACGCUCCUCGUUGUCUUCCUCGUCCUCCUCGGCGUCAUCAUCGCCUCUGGCGGCAUCCCGGGUACGCCCGCAACAGGAUUCAAGUACUGGCGUGACCCGGGCCCGUUUGUCGAGUUCAUCGCACCAGGUCGUCUUGGUCAGUUUCUGGGGUACUGGCAGGCGUUGACCGGGGCCGUGUUCUCGUUCGCGGGGGUCGAGAGCAUCGCCAUGGCAGCGGCCGAGACGCAGAACCCGCGCAAGGCGAUCCCUGCCGCGUGCAAGCAAGUCUUUCUGCGCAUCUUUCUGUUCUACAUGCUGGCCAUCUUUGUGGUGGGCCUCCUGGUGGCGAGCAACGACCCCCGACUGGAUGGAUCCUCGGGGACAGCUGCGCAGAGCCCGUUUGUCAUUGCCGCGUCGGCAGCUGGAAUCCCCCUAGUCCCGUCUAUUGUGAACGCCGUGGUGAUCACCUCUGCGUGGUCGGCCUCGAACCAGGCCCUCCUCUCUGGGACGCGCGUGCUGUACGGGUUGGCCCUCAAGGGCCAGGCGCCGCGUGUCUUCUUGCGCACGACGAGGUGGGGCACGCCGUACAUGUGCGUUCUUGUGUUUGUGGGUGGCAUGAUGCUCAGUUUCCUCAGUCUGUCGAGCGAUGCGAUUACAGUAUUCUGGUGGUUUGUGGACCUGACGGCCGCUGGGGUGCUGGUGAGCUGGACGGCCAUCUUGGGCAACCACAUCAGGAUGAGGAAGGCCUUCAAGGUGCAAGGGAUACCGGAGUCGAGGUUACCAUGGUAUAAUUGGUGGACAGAAUACUCGUCCCACGCAGCACUUGUCAUGUGCGUCACGAUCCUGUUGACGAGCGGCUUCGCCGUCUUCACGCCUGGUAACUGGGACGCCAGCCAAUUCGUGUCUUCCUAUCUGGACAUUCCCCUCGUUGCCGGUGCAUACUUUCUGUGGAAGAAUUGGAAGAAGACACGCAUCGUGCCCCUCAAGCAGAUACCUAUAUCCGCCGCCUUGGAACAGGCCGAGGGAUCGGUAUAA